AUGACGUUCCAAAUCCCUCCUGCGCGCGGACAAACACGCACAACCCGACACCACGCAGCCUGCGACCGAGCCCUCACCGCGACAAGUCCAGAUCUACGAGAGGGAACUAAAAACACACCGCGGGGAAAGACACGCAGCCGCAGCGACAGAGCGAGGCGCGGAUACACGUUUUUCAGACGCGGAGAAUCAGCUGAGAACAUGCAGCACUACGGCGUCAACGGAUACUCGCUCCACGCCAUGAACUCCCUCAGCGCAAUGUACAACCUCCACCAGCAGGCGGCGCAGGCGCAGCACAGCGCGGACUACAGGCCCAGUGUGCACGCACUCACACUGGCCGAGCGGCUCGCUGACAUCAUCCUGGAGGCGCGUUACGGCUCCCAGCACCGGAAGCAACGCCGCAGCCGCACAGCGUUCACGGCGCAGCAGCUCGAGGCUCUGGAGAAGACCUUCCAGAAGACCCACUACCCAGACGUGGUGAUGAGGGAGCGGCUGGCCAUGUGCACCAACCUGCCCGAGGCGCGAGUACAGGUCUGGUUCAAAAACCGCAGAGCCAAGUUCCGUAAGAAGCAGCGCAGCCUCCAGAAGGAGCAGCUGCAGAAGCAGAAGGAGGCUUGUGGAGAGGGGGACAAGGAGGAGGUGUCAGAGGCCCCUCCCUCCUCCUCUGCGUCUCCUCAGGUCCCUCCUCAGAGUCCCUCUGGACGGGCCUCUCUGGACCCAGAGCUGAACGUGACCUCAGAGGAGCAGUCUGGCAGCGAGUCUGCAGCCGAGGACAACGGGACGGACCGAGAGGAGGAGCGAGCACCGCCAGAGGAGCUGAAGGCCCCCAGCCCCACCCACCUGUCCCCCACACACCUGUCCCCCACCCACCAGUCCAGCCUCCUGGCCCCACAGCUGACCUCAGACCUGACCUCAGACCUGACCACAGGGCUGACCUCUGGCUGCACACCUCUCAGCCCCAAACCAGGCUCUGGUCCCGUGUCUCCGGCCCUGACGCCCUCGUCGUCCAGUCUGGCCUCUGGGCCUCUGCCUCAGGGGCACUCGUACUCCUCGUCCCCUCUCAGUCUGUUCCGGCUGCAGGAGCAGUUCAGGCAGCACAUGGCAGCCACCAACAGCCUGGUGCCGUACCCCGCCUUCGAGCUGGCCCCUUCCUCACUGCCCUACCUGGGCAUGAACAUGCCCCCUGCCCCCCUGGGCUCUCUGCCCUGUCAGUCCUACUACCAGUCCCUGUCCCAGCACGCCCAGCAGGUGUGGAGCAGCCCUCUGCUCCAGGCCAGCAGCCACAGCAAGAGCAGCAGCAUCGAGAGCCUGAGGCUGAGGGCCAAGCAGCACGCCGCCUCGCUGGGACUGGACGCUCUGUCCAACUGA